UACUGGAAAAGAGUGGAGGCUGGGAAAAGGAUUAGCAGCGAGCUCUGAUUUCUGUGGUCAGCCUACUGGAGGGACAAGUGACGUCCACACGACUAAUUCCCCCUCCUGCGAUGCACAAACACUGAGCUUGUGUUGUGUCAGGAUGAGGGAAAGUCUGAGAAGUCUGUGAAUUGGAGCAAUGAGAGGCUCAGACACUUGCAUGCAAAAUACCGACCCUGCAGGCAAACCAAGUAGCAAAGUAUGAUCGCCGGAGGACGCUGCAGCAGAAUGAGGGGCGCGUUAUGAUUUCCAGCUUCUCGGGGGGACAGUAGAAAAAAAGAAAAAGGAAUUUGUGUCCCAGAACUGUUCUCUAGUUGCUGAAAGGAGUUUGCAGUCGGCCAGGCAUGGAUAAGAGAGACGAAAGUGACGGCAGCGGCUCUGGCAUCACGAACAGCAUGAAGAGGAUGCUGAAGUGUGUGGUGGUUGGCGACGGCGCGGUCGGGAAGACUUGUCUGGUGAUGAGUUAUGCCAAUGAUGCCUUCCCAGAGCAGUAUGUGCCCACUGUGUUCGAUCACUAUGCAGUGACGGUGGCGGUUGGAGGGAAGCAGUAUCUCCUGGGACUCUACGACACUGCCGGACAGGAAGACUAUGACCAGCUCAGGCCUCUCUCCUACCCCAACACAGACGUGUUCCUGAUUUGCUUCUCAGUGGUAAAUCCAGCCUCCUACCAUAACGUCCAGGAGGAAUGGGUGUCGGAACUCAGGGCUUGUAUGCCACACGUACCCUAUGUCUUAAUAGGUACACAGAUUGAUUUGCGAGACGACCCUAAAACUUUGGCUCGACUUCUUCACAUGAAAGAAAAACCAAUUACUUACGAGCAAGGGAUGAAACUCGCCAAAAUGAUCGGAGCACAAUGCUAUUUGGAGUGUUCAGCCCUGACUCAAAAAGGCCUGAAGAAUGUGUUUGAUGAAGCGAUCCUCACCGUGUUCCACCCAAAGAAGAAGAAGAAAGGCUGCGGGAAGUGUCGCAACUCCUGCACAAUUGUCUGAGCUCGUUCCUACAAGACGUCUGGUGCUAUUAUUGUACAGGGCUCAGGAAAACCACAGAACGCGGACAGAUGUGUGGUCGGCCCUUCACGAACAAAGCAAAGUGGAGGAUAUGACCAGAGAGAAGAACUUCUGUCAUGUCUGGAGCCUUUGAUCUGCGACACCUCCACGAUGCAACAUCUAACUCACUGUCUCUAUAUACCAUAUGUGCCUUCUUUUCCGGUGGACAUCCUAAAUAUGUAUUCAAUAGGAUGGGCUUAAGACUAAUACUGCAAAAGUGAACGCCUUGAGCGUACGACUUCCGAGCAGCCAGGUCUAGUCAUGAGCGCUCUCUUCUAGAUAAUGAACUUAUGAUCUGCCAUUAACACUGAAGUCAGUACCAAGGUGCCCACAUGAUGGCCGAGCUCCAAGGAGAGGUAAUACAUCAUUGAACGGAGCCGGUUCUGAUUCUGUUUUAUACAUUUGUAGUUGACUUUACCUGAUUUAUAAUGUAAGAAUAAUAAAACCCUUGAACCAAAA